UGCGGAGGAGGGCACGCUGGAGGCGGCAUCCAAGAAGGAGGAGGGAGGCCGCCGCCUGCGCGCCGGGGGCGGCUAGCGGGGCGGGCCCCGGCGGCAAAGCUGAAAGGGAAGAAGGCGCUGGUCUUUGGCGGCACCUCUGGCAUCGGCCUCGCCGCUGCGCGGCAGCUGUCCGAGUUGGGAGCCGCGGUCGUCGCCAUCGGCCGGGACCCUAGCAAGGCAGGCGUUCUUGAGGGUGUGCAGUAUGAGCAGUGCGACGUGCUCGACAGGGAGGGGCUGGCCAAGCUGUUUGACCGGCAUGCCCCGUUCGACAUCCUGGUCAGCACGGCCACGGGAGGCACGCGCGCCAUGGGCCCCUUCCUCCAGAUGGACCUGGACGGCUUCCAGGCCUCCUUUGACAAACUAUGGGGCUACGCCAACGUCGUACGCUUGGGCGCCCCGCAUCUUGCGACGACGGGAUGCAUCGUCCUCGUCAGCGGUGCGCCCGCGCGCCGCGCGAAGCCCGGGCAGAUUGCGCUGGCUUCCGUGGGCGCCUCUGUGGAGCAGUUCGCCCGGGUGCUGGCCGCGGAGCUCGCCCCCCGACGCAUCAACGUGGUGUGCCCCGGAAUCAUCGAGACCCCGAUGUUCGGGCCGGAGGGCGAGGAGCGCGCCUCGAGGCUGGCAGGCGCGACGUCGGGGCACCUGGUCCCGCGGCCAGGGACGGCCGACGAGGUCGCCAGAGCGAUCCUGUUCACCAUCCAUCGAGAGCGACUUCGUGACGGGGACCACGGUGGACGUGGACGGGGGGUGGCUCGCCGCACUCUGAGACGGCCAGACGGCCGCCCGCAGCUACCCUGGAUGUUGCUCGUCGGGCGUGCGGCGCGAUGCGCGCCUUUUUCUUGCCACCCUCGGCCACUUUGGACGCCGGCAUGGAACAGAACAGAACAGAACAGAACAGAA